AUGGCUUAUAUUGAUGGACAAAUCGGAUAUAGCGAGGAAUUCGUUGAGAAUUCUCGGGGAACGCAACUCCUAACUUGCAAAUGGUUUCCAGUAAAUCAAGAACCAAGAGCUCUCAUUUUCUUUUGCCAUGGCUACGCAAUUGAUUGCAGCACCACCUUUAAAGGCAUGGAUAUAUCUUUAUACAUAUAUGUUGGAUCUAAGUUUGCAAAAGAAGGAUUUGGUGUGUAUGGAAUUGAAUAUGAAGGGCACGGUAGAUCAGGUGGCCUCGAUGUCUACAUUGAGGACUUCGAUCUUCUCAUCGAUGAUGUCAAUUCACAUUUCUCCAAAAUAUCUGAAAUGGGAGAGAACCCAAAGAAGAAGAAGUUUUUAAUGGGAGAGUCAAUGGGAGGAGCAGUAGUUCUUCUCUUGCAUCGCAAGAAACCAGGGUUUUGGGAUGGAGCUAUCCUUAUUGCUCCUAUGUGUAAGAUCGCUGAAGAGAUGAAACCACCCCAACCAGUUAUAUCCAUAAUGAGUUUGGUAGUAAAUCUGAUCCCAUCAUGGAAGUCGAUACUUCCAGGACCUGAUAUCAUCAAUCUCGCGAUUAAACUGCCUAAUAAGAGACAAGAGAUUAGAGAUAAUCCAAAUUGCUAUAUUGGGAGGCCUCGUAUGAAGACGAUGAGCGAGCUUAUUAGAGUAAGCCUUGACCUAGAGAAUCGGAUGCACGAGGUGACAAUGCCAUUCAUAGUAUUGCAUGGAGAAGAUGAUAAAGUGACGGACAAAGAGGCUAGCAAACUACUUUAUGAAGUGGCUUCCUCCAAUGACAAGACUUUGAAGUUGUAUCCUGAAAUGUGGCAUAGUCUUCUUUUCGGAGAACCUUUGGAGAAGUCAGAGAUUGUAUUUAAUGACAUUGUCCAAUGGAUGGAGACAAGAAUCAAUACUCUUCAAGUGAAUGCUAAUAACAACCAUGAAGCAAAAUCUCAAAUCUGA